AUGAAAAUACCGAACCCCCGCGUUUAUUUGGAUGUUGCCAUAGGGGGAAGGAACGCUGGAAGGUUGAUAUUUGAGCUGUUCAUGGAUAAGUUACCAAUCACCUGUGAAAAUUUUCGCUGCCUCUGCACAGGUGAGACAGGCCUGGGUUACUACCUGAAACCGCGCUGGUACAAGAAUUCCCCCAUUCAUAGAAUUGUCACAGAUUUCAUGUUCCAAGGAGGGGACUUCAAUUUUGGGAACGGCUUUGGCGGGGAGUCCAUAUAUGGACAGUACUUCCGAAACGAGAAGUUCAUCUACCGGCAUUCGAAAAGAGGCGUGCUGUCCAUGUGCCAGACGAGGAUCAAACACACAAAUAACUCCCAAUUUUUUGUAACCUUUAAAAGUUGUCCAUGGCUGGAUAAGAAGCAUGUGGUUUUUGGGCACCUGGAGUACGGAUUUGACACCCUGUCGUUUAUUGAGGAACAGUCUACUCUAAUUGGGAAGCCGAAGAAGCAAGUCUAUAUUUACAACUGCGGGGUGAUACCACUGGAUCGAAUCAAACCCAAGUCGCAGGCUACGUCCGACGAUGAUUACGUCAUACCGGAUGUAGAAAUGCCGCUGCUGGAGCGGGACAUCCAUUUUAACGAAAAUGCCGACUUCAGCGAGUUGAAAAAUAUUUACAAGUAUAGCAAGCGCGUUUGA